AUGUCCACAUUGCAACGCUCAAAAUCACUUCGUAAACCUGCCCCUUCCUCUUCUACCACUACAACAACAACAAGGUCUGCAGCUGCUGCUGCAAAAUCCACAGAUGCAGACAACUCACCGAGUCGUCUCCCUAUAAAGCCUUUGGCCAGGAGCGCAACAACCCCAAACACUACGACUAGGACGUUGAGGAAUGGUGCACCAGGCCUUUCAAGGACAUCUUCUAUCAAACAGCCUACUAAAUCAGCAACAUCGGAACCUGUGAAGAGAGAUACUAGAUAUCCUCCUUCAACGACAACUACGAGAACACGACCAGCGGUGAGACCGACCUCGGCAGAUGGCUCGGCUCAAGCUACCAGGAAAGCUCCAGCCCCUUCACAUACGCGUGCUAAGAGCACCGCGACCGGAUUGAAGAAUGCACCUGCACUGAGACCGUCUUCAUCGACCUCGUCGGCUAGUAGUACCACAACUACAAGUACUACCACCACCACCGCUACUAAGCCGACUCGCACUCUACGCUCUUCGACAACGCCCAAGGUAGAAAAGUCCUCUGGCGCUGCACCUCGCCUUCGACCAGCCUUCUCGACCCUCCAGCAGCACUAUUCGCCUGCCAAGUCUUCAGCACCGAAACCCUUGACCUCAACGUUCCUCGCGCCACCCUCGCCGUCGAAGCUUCCUGCCAAUGUCGCCGCAUCUGCCGAGACAAGCAAGCUACAAACCGAACUUUUGCAGCUGCAUCUCCUGCAUCGGGAUGCACCCGCUGUCGAUGCUGCAUGGAGAGCCAGUGCUGAACGCAAGCUUGGAGAACACUUCUCGAAUAUUGCUGCUGAGAGCAAACAAGUUGAUGACCAGGAGAAGGCGGAGGCCGAGAAGGAGAAUGUCAUAGCGCUUCGCAAAUGGGCUGUUGGGGGUGGUCUGGAAGAGCGUAUCCAGGUAUUGGACUCGGUCAUGAGUGGUCUCUGGGCACUGGAGGAACCCGGUGGUCGCUACGCCAGGGCCGUGAGACGUUUUGAGCGGUGGGUCGAACGGAUGUGCGAGAUUGAAGAGGCACGGCGUGAGGGUGGCGCGUUGCUGCAGGAGAGCGAGGUGCUUUUCAUUGGUGAACUCGAUUCUGCGUGGAAGGAUGAAUGUGCCGGUUUGGUCCGACGAUUGGAUACCCUGAAGCGACAACUCGGUGAACUGGGAGAGUUUCCAACAGAAGAUGAAGAGGAGGAUGAUACCAAGGAACGAUCAAGUCUGCAAUGUAUGGUGGAAGGGUCUCGAGAACUCGUACAUGGCAUGUUGACGGAAUUGGAUGUCAUGGAGGAUAUAGAACGCGACGCGCUUGCACGUGAAGAUGACUGGAUCGAGAGGAUGAACCGAGAUGAGGACGCUGAUGAUACCCUAAGAGCUGGAGCAGUUUGGAGAGUUGUAUAA